AUGUCCACCGUGAGGCUUAAUGAUGACCAAGUUUAUACCACGCCCAGCCCAGAGCCCCACUCGGAGGACAGCUCCUUUCCAGCGGCGGCAGCAGCGGCCGCGGCGACAGCUCCGGCUCCGGCUCCGGCUCCGGCUCCGGCUCCGCCGGCCCGCGCGCUCGGGCCCCGCGCGACCCCCGCCGGCCUGCCGGGGGCCUCGGGCGCCCCCGCCGCCCGCCUCACGCUGAAGUUCCUGGCCGUGCUGCUGGCCGCGGGCAUGCUGGCGUUCCUCGGUGCCGUCAUCUGCAUCAUCGCCAGCGUGCCCCUGGCGGCCAGCCCGGCGCGGGCGCUGCCCGGCGGCGCCGACAACGCCUCGGCCGCUGCCGCCUCCGGCGCGCCGCGUCCCGGGCCGCAGCGCAGCCUGAGCGCGCUGCACGGCGCGGCCUCGGCCGGGCCCCGGCCGCUGGGGGCGCCUGCGGCCAGCGCGCACCCGCUGCCGCCCGGGCUGCUCUUCAGCCGCUUCCUGUGCACGCCGCUGGCGGCCGCCUGCCCGUCGGGGGCCGAGCAGGGGGACGCGGCGGGCGCGGCGCCCGGCGAGCGCGAGGAGCUGCUGCUGCUGCAGAGCACGGCCGAGCAGCUGCGCCAGACGGCGCUGCAGCAGGAGGCGCGCAUCCGCGCCGACCAGGACACCAUCCGCGAGCUCACCGGCAAGCUGGGCCGCUGCGAGAGCGGCCUGCCGCGCGGCCUCCAGGACGCCGGGCCGCGCCGCGACGCCAUGGCCGACGGGCCGGGGGACUCGCCCGCGCUCAUCGUGGAGCUGGAGGACGCCGUGCGCGCCCUCCGGGACCGCAUCGACCGCCUGGAGCAGGAGCUCCCAGCUCGCGUGAACCUCUCGACCGGCCCGGCCCACGCACCUGUGGCGCCCACCGCCCUGCACUCCAAGAUGGACCAGCUGGAGGGGCAGCUGCUGGCCCAGGUGCUGGCGCUGGAGCAGGAGCGCGCGGCCCUCAGCCACAGCAGCCGCCGGCAGCGGCAGGAGGUGGAGAAGGAGCUGGACACGCUGCAGGACCGCCUGGCCGAGCUGGAGCACGGGUCCUCGGCCUACAGCCCCCCGGACGCCUUCAAGGUCAGCAUCCCCUUCCGCAACAACUACAUGUACGCCCGCGUGCGGAAGGUGCUGCCCGAGCUCUAUGCGUUCACCGCCUGCAUGUGGCUGCGGUCCAGGUCGGGCGGCACCGGCCAGGGCACCCCCUUCUCCUACUCGGUGCCCGGGCAGGCCAACGAGAUCGUGCUGCUGGAGGCGGGCCACGAGCCCAUGGAGCUGCUGAUCAACGACAAGGUGGCCCAGCUGCCCCUGAGCCUGAAGGACAGUGGCUGGCACCACAUCUGCAUCGCCUGGACCACAAGGGAUGGCCUGUGGUCUGCCUACCAGGACGGGGAGCUGCAGGGCUCCGGCGAGAACCUGGCUGCCUGGCACCCCAUCAAGCCUCAUGGGAUCCUUAUCCUGGGCCAGGAGCAGGAUACCCUGGGUGGCCGGUUUGAUGCUACCCAGGCCUUCGUCGGUGACAUUGCCCAGUUUAACCUGUGGGACCACGCCCUGACACCUGCCCAGGUGCUGGGCAUUGCCAACUGCACUGGGCCACUGCUGGGCAACGUCCUUCCCUGGGAAGACAAGCUGGUGGAGGCCUUCGGGGGUGCAACGAAGGCUGCCUUUGAUGUCUGCAAGGGCAGAGCCAAGGCAUGAGGGGCCACCUCAUCCAGGGCCCCUCACUUGCCUGCCACUUUGGGGACCUUGGGGGGGCACAUCUCCUCCUCAGCCUGCCCACGCACUGGCCUUCCCUCCUGCCCUACUCCUGGCCGUGCCUCCAUUUCCUCUCACCUAUACCCACAUGUCCAGAAUGCCCUGCCCUGUGAACGUGUCCCCUCGCCCCACCUGAUGGGGACAAGCAUCUCAAGUCACCAGGUGGAGCCUGGGGUGAGCCCAGGCUCUGCCCACCCUUCUGGCAUUGCACUGGAGUCGUCUGUUACCACCCCCACUGGUCCAUCAGUCACAUCUGAUUCCACUAAUCCCAAUGGCAUCCCCUGUGGGGUCGUUAUAUGGGGGAGGGCCCACCCUCUCAGUGGUGGGGUGGCCAUCUGCCCCCUUGUCCCCCCACAGCAGCCCCGGCCCCUUCCCCUUGAGGAUCACAACAGGCUGUAGAAGGUUAUAUCGGAGACAUAGGAGACCAGACUGCCCCUCCUCCGUCUUCCCGCCAGCUGCCAGGCAAGGGCAGUAGGGUCUGGACGGAGCCUCCCCACCCACCCACCCACCUCAUGCCUCCUCCUCCUCCUCUUGCCUCCUUUCUUUGUGUGUGGUGGUUUGAAUGUCCAUUCCCUGCCUGGCCCACCCCUGCCUGUUUCCAGGAUACUCCCUUCCCAGUUCCAGCCUGGAGGGCUAGGGACCAUAAUCCUGGGAGGCCAAAGGGCCUGGUCACCCCUUGUGCUCACCCAUAGCUAUGGCCACUGGCACAGUCACAGACCCCACCCCAUGCCAAGGACAGGGCCUGGGCCACUUCAGCCUGGGCUGGGAGCAGCUUAAGGCAGGGGUAGCAUGGCCCAGGAGACCCCACCCCUCGCAGAGUCACAUUACCUGCCCCCUCUGCAUGGCCUUGAGGAGGGAGGGAGGAGCUGAGAGGCUGGGGAGAGGCAUGGGGGGGUGGGCAGAGCAUGGGGAGAGCAGCAAGCACUUGGUUCCCAGCCAGCCAUGCUGCUGACCUGCCGUGUGGCCUUCUGUAAGUCCCUGCUCUCUCUGGGCCUGGCCUUCCUAUGCUUUGGUCAUUUCAAAGAGCUCUCCAGAUGGAAUGUGGGGUGGUCUGUGAUUCCAGGUGGAUGGGAGCGGAAAGCCUGGGAACCCUCUUGGUGACAGUGGCAGGUCCUAGGACUGGGCAGCAGAUGGGAUCAGCUAUUCAUGGGUUAGGGUCAGCAGCUAGCUCCAGAGAGUCAGGGUCAAGGACAACAUUCAAGGCAGACCAACCUCACACAUGGAUCCCCCCAGCCUGGCACCCCCAACCACCUGAGAGUGUCUCAAAGGACUGAUGGCUUCCCAGUCCUCCCCCUGGAGUCCUUACCAGCUACCCCAAGAGAGUGUAAGAAUGUCAGAGCUGAGAAAAGCUAGCCAGACUGACCUCUUGCUUGUGAGAGAUGGGGAAGAACUCAGAGAGGGUCCUCAGAGAGGAUCACACAGCACAAUGGGGCAAAGCCAGGAUUAGAACCCAGGGCAUCUUGGAACUCUUCUGUGCUCUUCCCCCUACACCAUGCUGCCUGUCUCUGAGGGUCUUUGAGUCCAGCAUCUAGGAGGGUGGACAUCUGAGAGGCCAGGAUGCUUUUCAAAAUGACACUAAAACAUCUUCCUUUACAUAACACCCAGAUAUCUUGGCACCCCCAGCCAGGAAGUGCGGAAAGGAGGUUCUGAUCCCUGGGCACUGGCAGGGUGGAAGGUUGGGCUCACAGGUGCCUCUCCCUGCCAGUCACCUACCAGGUGUCUAAGCAGCUGCAGCUUUCCUGACUCAAGUGGGCACUGGUACCUCUUGCCCUCUUUUUGUUCCAUCUCUGCUUCCUGUAGCCACUUAGCCUGAGACAUGACGCAAGAGCUGCAGGCUGUGGAGCCCGGUGCCAUGGAAGCUUCUCCAAGACUUGUUGCCUCCGGCCCCCAGAUCCUUGUUUCCAUUUUGAGAGCACAAAUAGAUUGCUCAGCACCUCCGGUCCAACUCCCCUCGGAAGAAAGAGCGAUGGCGGGCUUCAGCCAGGCCUGCGGAGAUCUGGGUUGCCCCGGUAACAGCCAAUGACAUCAGCCCCAGUGCUGGGUCAAGUGUCUCAUCAUAAUGACAUGCUCUGUUGCUGGGGUGAUGGCAGAAUUCAGAGCUUAGAUUUCAGGGACGCUGAGCUUUGUGUUUCUGUUACUGUUGUGAAGUAGGUAGCUUCUCCCAAGAGGUAGCCCUUAGAGAAGGGUAGGGUCUUAGGAGGGCGGUGACAGCACUUGCUCGGUCACUUGAGCCCACUUAGACACACCACCCCAGGUCCUUUAUGCUUGUCACGGUGAUGAUGAGACAUCUGACAUCUGAGCCUCGUUCCCCUGCUGAGUCACCCCCGUCAGCCCUCUAGAGGGACCAGGAACAAAUCAGAGCUGUUGGGGUGUGGGCCCUGCUCCUGGCUCAUUGGUGACAGGCCCAGCUCCUUGUUUGCAAAGACCCCCCAUCCUUCAUCUGCUCCCUGUUCUGUGCACGUGCCCCGAGCGCCUGCUGUUUGGACUCCAGCUUUGCUAUCAUCUGCUGCCCCUGGGCACGUCCGAGAGGACAAGGAAAGAGGAGCUGGAAAUGCUGCUCUGUCGCGUCCUGAGCGGCGCUGGCUGAUCACGAUGGUGGAGCGCGUGUUGGCCGUGCCAUGCGUGAGCACCUGCUGCUGCACUGCGCACCUGCCGGCAUCAUCUCGCUUGUCCGCACAACACUGUUAUGAGUCUGGCCUGCUCUUAGCCUCAUUAUACAGGUGUGGAAACUGGGGCACAGACGAGUGAUGUAACCUGCGCAGUGUCAAUCAGCUAGCAGGGGAUGGAGCCCAGAUUUCAAAGCAAAGCAGGUUAGGUUCAGGGCCCACCCCCCAGCCGGAGGGGAUGAGUACCCCUAAUGAUGCAUAGAGCGGGAUCUGGGCACCUUUGCUCCUGCCGCGCUUCUGCCUGCAGGGCUGUGCCCGACCCCACUCACCAGCCCACAGGUUUGAGGUAGAAGAACAGAGGCAUGGGAUGGGCCAGGCCCAGGGCCAGGGGCCCCCUGGUGAAGCUGUGGGAGGGAGCUUAGCCCUUCUUUAACUCAGUUGGAGUUUCCAGGAGAGCUCAAAAGGAAAAGGAAGUUGCGUGUCCCCCAAGAGUCCCGGGCAGAGGAGGGGAGGGAAACUGCUGUUCCUUAAAGUCCUGCUUUGGGCCAGGCCCUGUGCCAGGUGCUUCACAGCUGUUAUCUGCCAGAUUUUCCAGCCUCUGUGGCAUGUGGUGCCCCCGCCAGCAUCCCAGGGGGACCUAUCUCCUUGCUACAACUUUGCAUGACGUAGGACCACAGAUUUGGGCAGGAAGAGCACUUAGGGGAGACCAAGGCCCUCAUUUUACAGAUGAGGAAGCUGAGGCCUGGGGAAGGCGAGCAACCCUCAAGGCCACCCAGCUCAACAUGGGGACCACAGCCUGGCUUCCUGAUCGUGUUCUGUUCCCUCCAGGACGUGGUGUCCCCUCUCCCAGAACCGGGCCCCUCCUCGUCUACACAUCCCGGCACCCUUGGCCUGAGAAAACUGGGAAGGGGCUCCCUCCCAGAGAUGGGAUCACUCUCUUCACCCCCUUAUCUCAGCUGCCUGCCACCCCAGACCCUACCUCCCAACCUGACCCCUGACCCCUGACGCCUGGGUAGGGAAGGGGCUCAUGUGGGCCCAGAUUGAACGUGAGUGAGCAUGUAAGUCAUCUGACACUGUGACAUUAGUGCACCCUACUGACAACCCCUACCAGCCCCACCUUCCUCUCUCCCCCCAAUUUUGUACAUAAAACGACAUGAGAUACAACGUGCGGGUGUGUAUGUGUAUGUGUGUGCGUGUGGAUCUCUGUCAUGGUUUUUGUUACCUUUUUGUUUUUGUAAACUUGAAUGUUCAAAAUAAACAUGCUGUUUAUGCUGAG